AUUGUAGUUUAAUUCUCAGGGCACCGCGUCCUGUCCACCUACUCCAUUGAACUGCUCCUGAACCAAAUAUUUGUUUGAAGAGAAGAGCCAUGCUGGGGAACAGCUGAAUGUGGGAAUUUCCUCUCUGUCUUUCGUAGCAAGUACUUAGCGCACCUAGUUCACCAUGGCGUUGUUGCAUUCAAAUAGGACAGCGUACUUUGCAGGUUUGUUUCUCGUGUCAGUGCUAGCGGCUGCUACGCGCCUGUACAAGCUGGAUGAGCCUCCUCACAUCGCGUGGGACGAGACUCACUUUGGCAAGUUUGCUAGCUACUACAUCAACCGCACAUUCUUUCUCGAUGUGCACCCGCCUCUUGGAAAGAUGGCCAUUGCACUGGCUGGUUACCAAUCUGGUUAUGAUGGCACGUUCGCAUUUGACAAGCCGUCCGAUCUCUAUGGCAACACGUCCUAUUAUGGCAUGAGACUGUUCUGUGCCGCUUGUGGCACCCUGUGUAUACCUCUUGCUUACCUGACUGUGGGUGAAAUGACCGGCUCAACAGGUGCUUCCUUCCUCACGGCUGUCUGGAUGAUAUUCGACACUGGUUUGUUGACUAUAUCACAGUACAUACUACUAGAUCCAGUGCUGCUGGUGUUCAUCAUGUUUGCUGUACUCUGCAUGGCAAAGACACAGUCCUACCAUCUGCAGCACAGGUCAUUCACGGUGGGAUGGUGGUGUUGGCUUUCCUUGACUGGUUUAUCACUGGGAUGUGCAAUAAGCGUCAAGUGGGUCGGCCUCUUCAUUGUCCUACUUGUGGGCUUGUCAACUGUGUCCGAGCUUUGGGACGUACUGCUUGAUGUCAAGAAUGGAGCGCGAGUACUCCUGGGUCACUUUGCGGCUCGGUGUGUUUGUCUGAUCUCGAUUCCAAUCAGUGUCUAUAUCCUUUUCUUCCUUAUCCACUUCCAAGUCUUGAAGAAUAGUGGUAAUGGUGAUGCGUUCUUCAGCUCAGCAUUUCAGGCUACUUUGGAUGGUAACAGUAUUAGUAACUGCACAGUGCCACCCGAAAUUGCAUAUGGAUCAGUCAUCACACUGCGUAAUGCUCGUAUAGCGGGUGGUCUCUUACACUCCCAUGCACACCUCUACCCGGAUGGUAUUGGUGCAAGACAACAGCAGAUCACUGUGUAUCAUCAUCGCGAUGAGAACAACAAGUGGGUUGUGCGUAAAGCACACUCACACACACAAGACACUGAUGGAUCAGCACCGGAGUUUGUGUCGCAUGGAGACUUCAUCAGACUGGAGCAUGCUUCGACGCGUCGUCUCCUCCACUCUCACCACCACAAGGCUCCUCUCUCCACCAAACACUACCAAGUCACCGGAUAUGGAUUUAAUGGUACGGGUGACAUGAACGAUGUAUGGCAGGUCCAGGUGGGGUCUUCUGGCAACGGCUCGCCGUUUGUGUCGCCAGAUGUGGGUCGCCACAUCAAGGUUCUCAAGUCUCGAAUCAUCUUAGUGCACAAUAUAUCCCAGUGUGCUCUGCAUUCAUCAUCCAAACAGCUACCCAAAUGGGGAUGGGAGCAGAAAGAAGUGUCUUGUAAUCCAAAGCUCCGUAACAACAUUGCCAACAUGUGGCUUGUCGAAGGACAUGAGAACAAACAUUUACCCAAUGCUACCCUGGAGACACUUAGACCAGGCUUGCUGGACAAGAUGUACGAAUCACAUGUUGUCAUGGCUCAGACAAACAGUGGCUUCAAGCCGAAAGCUAAUGAAGUGACGUCAAGACCAUGGAUGUGGCCUAUCAACUACCAGGGUCAGGUAUUUAGUGGCGGCGCUAACAACACAAUACGUGUCUAUCUGCUCGGAAAUCCGAUCAUCUGGUGGAGUAACACUGUUUGCAUCGUUGUGUACGUAGUGCUGGCCAUCAUGUACAGUAUUGUACUGCAGAGAGGGGUAAAGCUGGAGAAAGACUUUGCUGAUGACUGUCGGCGUUCAUUGCGCUGCUGUACAUGGAUGCUGAUAGGCUGGCUGUUGCACUACAUACCGUUCUAUAUGAUGGGACGUGUACUCUACUUCCAUCACUACUUCCCUGCUUUCCUCUUCAACGCUAUGCUCACAGGCACAGUGUUGGAUUUUAUCCUGCGUCAUUCCUCUCGACUUCUGGCCUCGAAUUCCAUUGCACAGCUCAGCUACACUGUGCUUUGUACAUGUCUCCAUGCCGGUGUGCUUUCUGCAGUUGUGGCCAGCUUCACUCUAUUUCAUCCGCUGUCGUACGGCAUGACCGGAGAACGCAGUCAGCACAGCGGUAGCCAGAUGCACGGCCUGCACUGGCUACCAUCGUGGGAGUUCUGAUCAGCAUUCGGCCUAGUCACCACACCGCGUAGCAGAGUUCUGAACAAACACUUUGGGCCUCGGUGGCCCCUUGUCACCAGUACAGGUCCGGCAUGAACAAAGAUGGGCCGGCUUGCUCAAUGUACAGUCUGCUGCAGGCUGUGUGAACAUUGUGUAAACGCGUGACUCUUGUCGCGUACGCGAGCUUCGUGUAGAAGCAUGUAGCCCUGUAGAUGCAAGAGUGAACCCAGGGAGCAGUGGUGAGAUUGUUCACCACAACCGUCUCAGGCUGGACUCGAUGAACAGUACUGCCACCGGUCAAGUCAAAACCUGAAGCUCAGACGAGCCGCAUGCCCAACAUGCAUAAACAGCACUGUGUAGGUGCUGACAUCCCUGUCCUAUAGGUUUUACAUAGUCUGCGUUCACCUGCAAUGCAGCUAUUAUCAUUCUAUUUAUUUGCCUUUCAUGGCAGCUAGCUAGCUAGCUAUUCUUUAUUUACUUCAGUCAGAAUGCACUAAAACCUUAGUAAUUGUUCAUUAGAACCUGUGCCAUCAUUGGUCAGUUUAGUGAUCUAGUCAUCUUGGGAUGAAAAAGCUGAUCAUUGCCAGUGAUUGCUCGUAACGGAGUGUUUCUCAGUGUGCGGAACCCGGUCAAAAGCAAUGCAUGCUCCGAUUAAGUGUUAUCAGGUUACCGAUGAGUGCAUGAGUAAUUCAGCCUCUUCUUUCCAUGACAGAGUUUCCUUAUUUUCUUCUGCCACCCGGGUAUAAGCCCUGUUUCUCUAUAUGCAAUUUUUAUUCAAUUUUUUUAAUUCGAUUUUUCAGAUUUAGUCAUAUCCAGCCAACAAUGCAACAAUGCUGGUCCCCCUUCAAGUUGACUUCAUGUACUCGUCAUUUCUUCACUUCUGAAGUACUUCAAGUACUACUGAUUAUUGUAGAAUAAACUCUCGUUCCUAGCAUU